AUGGAGGACAUCUGCACUGAGACCCGCGUGGUUGUUCUGAAUUACAUGGGGCAUGAUUUUAUCGGCAACGACCGCGAGCUUGCGCUGGGUAGGCUCCGCGAGAAAUGGCAGCUCAAGCGGGAAUCCUUCCCAGAGCUUCGCGAAAAACGGUUGGGCGGAGUCCUUAUCUGCUACGACGGCCUUCGGGCGUUCGUCGAGUCUCCGGAGCUGGACGGCCAACCCCAGAGCUGGGAGUAUAGAGGUCAGAGCGUGUGGUCCGUCGAGACCAUGGAUUAUGAAGAAUUCACGCGGGCGAUGCGCCAAUUCCAGACUCUCUUCAAGGAAGAGCCUGAGGAGCCUGAAACUGAGACGUAA